AACCUUAGAAUUCCGUGUGCUGUCAUCUGUGUCUUUCAAUUUUGAAUUUGUAGAAUCAUUGUGAUAUUUGGGUUCACUCUGGUUAAUAUAGGUUUUAAUUUCAUUUGGAAAUAAUGGCUUUGGCUGAAGUAUGCGGGUUUAAAGAUUUCAGUAUCUCCAAAAAGGUGGAAGAUGUGCCGCCCAAUGAUGUUUUCAGCUUUAAUAGGAAUAUCUUUAACAAUUCGCAACUUUUACUUCCUCCGUUCAGGAAUCCUUCUCAAGACUUAGCCAAUUUUACCCGUGAUGAUGAGGGUCGUGACAUCAAAAUUCAGUUUGAUCAUGGCACCACGACUUUGGGAUUCAUGUAUCAAGGGGGAGUGGUAUUGGCGGUGGAUUCCCGAGCAACUGGCGGCCAGUUUAUAGGUUCUCAAACGGUCAAGAAAAUUGUGGAAAUUAGCGAUUUUCUGUUAGGUACAUUGGCAGGCGGUGCGGCCGAUUGCGUUUACUGGGACCGUGUUCUGGCAAAACAGUGUCGUUUAUAUGAGUUGAGAAACAGAGAACGUAUUUCUGUAGCAGCAGCAUCCAAAUUAAUGGCAAAUAUGAUCUACAAUUACAAGGGAAUGGGCCUCAGUAUAGGUAUGAUGCUCGCCGGUUGGGAUAAAAGGGGUCCCCAGCUGUAUUAUAUAGAUGCCGAAGGCACUAGAACACCGGGAAAAGUCUUCAGUGUUGGUUCUGGUUCAAUUUAUGCUUAUGGGGUAUUAGAUUCUGGUUACAAAUGGGAUUUAACUGAUGAAGAAGCCUAUGAUUUAGGUCGUAGGUCCAUUUAUCAUGCCACUCAUAGGGAUGCAUAUUCUGGUGGCAUUGUUAGAGUCUAUCAUAUGAGAUCGACUGGUUGGAUACACAUUGAUAAUAAUGACUGUAAUGAUCUAUACUACAAAUAUAAAGCUGAGAAGGAGGAAUUGCAAAAAGUUUGAUCUAUAUUAAAUACAUUAUAUAUAUUUUUAUAUUAAAGAAAAUUGUAUUCUGAAAUAAAAACUCAAAUUUCACUUUUA